CAAAAAUUUUUCGCGUUUUCAUAUCAACCCCAUCCGGAUUGUCGUGCAUUUGUCCUCUCAGUGUCUCGUGAAAAGUUGCUGAAUGCAUCGACCACGUGGCGAGAGUUUAUCCAUCUGGCCAAGAUGAGAUAUAUCAUCCUGACACUGACGGCUGCGCUCUGUCUCGCAUUGGUGAGCUCAUAUCCGCUUCCGGAAGAUGGACUCCGAUCGGAGGCCCUUGAUCGGCUGGUGAUGGCCGAAGCCGACAGCGAGGCGGCCCUGAGGAGCAAACGGACGAUCGGCAUUCUGCGACAGUUCUUCCCGGAAAUCUCCCAGGACGUGAAUCCGGAGUCGGAGAAUCGAGUGAACGAGAUCGGCGCGGAAUCGCAGAACAACGAAGUGCGAGUGCAAUUUGCGGACGAGGUGUCGAACGACAAUGCGCCGCAGGAGCUGACGCCAUUGGACGAGGUUGAAGCGGACGAGGAUGAGAACAGAAACAAGAGAUUCCUUUUCGGUUUUGGCGGCGGUAGCGGAACCAGCGGGUCGGGCAACUUCCUCUUCGACCUUAUCAGGCUCGUGACCGGAAGCUCCGGUGGUGCGGCGGGAAGCAACUCUUCGGGCACCGCGACUCCCGGAAGGUCGGAUGGCACGCAGGAAGCUGUUCCCGGCCCGGUCACAAGGUUCUUCGUCAUCGCCAACCGAGGAAUCUCGAAUCUCAUCCAGGAUCUCAUACUCCGCCUGGCGGCCACGAGUGAACGUCUUGUCAACUUCAAAGCGCGAUUGAUCACUUCCAUCAUCUAGGACCUCACUCGACGACCGAGAUGAGGAAGCAUAUUAGAAGGAGACUCAUCGGCCUUGGUACCGCAGGACACCAUCGCCGAACCGCCUCUGCCAGAAGGAGCACGGGUACGACGUUGGCAACGGGAUCGAUCUUUCUUCUGACGUUGCCCCCUUGUCCCCGAGAUCCUGAACUCAAUUCCUUCGUCGAUGGCCGUCGAGCUCUUCGUGAAAACAGCAUCUAGAUAUUCGUCACCGAACGCGUUCUCUCAAACGAUCGAUGUUAACUCAAUCCGUCCGACUCUAUUCACUCCGUUCUCUUCACUUAACUUUUUUUCGUUUCUUUUUUUUUUUUGUUUUUUUGUUUUUUUUCUAUCUUUCUUUCUCUUUUUUUCUCGCACUUUCACUCUUUUACUGUCCUAUUUCUAAUGUUAAUUUUCUUUAAAUUUCUGUUACUUAUUUUUCUCCUUAAUCGACUAAGAUAUAACGACAUAGAGGGAUUUUUGUACGCAGUAGGCGAUCGUCGUUUUAAGACGAUCGAAUUAAAUUUUUUGUUAUUGCGUCGCUCGCGCCGCCAUGGUACGAUGGAAGCACAUUGAGAGAAAGAGAAAGAGACGGUGAAACUGCAAAAUUAUUUUGAAUUUGUGAUACCGACACGCUCCUCCUCCGUUUGACAGUUCGAACGAAAUGAUUUAUGCACCGACGACUAUGCGGAUCGAGUUUCUCUCGUCGCGUUCUCGCGUCGUCGAGAAACUCCUCCGUCCUUUGACAUUAAAAAAAACCCGAUUGCGAAAUUCGCGAUUAAAGUGAGAAUAGAAAAUCUAUUUUUUAUGUAAAAAAAAAAAAAAAACCAUAAAAAGAAGAUGUGUGCCGCUGAAGAAGAAUUUAUAGAAUCACAAGUGUGCUUCUCUCGACUAAUCGCGUGAACAUUUAGAUCAAUCACCGUUGUGAGCAAACAAGAAUAAACGAGACACUACAAACUUGUACAUAGCCCCAAAAUGCAAUAGUGCCAGGCAUUUAUUGUUUUAUGUAGCACUGCUUCUUUAUAUCCAAUAUAUUUUUUUUUUUUUUUUUUUCAUUUCUUUCCAUCUUCCGUAAAAAUAGCGGUGAUGAUUAAACUUCUAAACAAUUUAGGGUAUAAUUAAAUUCGCAGAAUAUUGUUAAUGUUAGUUAAAAAUAGACUUCGUUCUUCUCAAAUGUGUGCUUCAGUUGGCAUUGAUUCCGUCACCGCGGAGAGUUAUUAACGAGUUUUUUUUCUCGCUUCUUGGAUUUUCUCGCGAGUGAGAAGAUUCAACAAGCGACAUAAUUUGAACAAACACAAAGUCGUCAGCAUGAAACACAAUGUUUCUCUUCUCUAGACACCGAGCAUACUAUUUCUCUAUGUAAAACGUCCCUGUUGUUUUGUAGUGAAAAUAAAUAUUAUUGUAAUAAAAAGGAAUUUUUAUUUUUA